AUGAAGGAAAGUGAUUUGUUGUAUUUUAUGGAUACAUUAGAUUUGGACGAAGAACUGAUAAACUCUCGCCUCGAAUCUGUUAUGAGUCGAAAGAGUUUCACAUAUCAACAUUUAUCUAAUGUGAUGCACAUGCUAAAUUAUAAACAUUUAUUAAACAUUAAAGAAGCUGAAGAAUGUGACAACGAUGCAGAAUUUCAAUUUAUCGGAAAAUUAAUAGAACAAGUAGAUGAAAAACAUGUUGAUAUCAUUUGUGAAAUCGUAAGUGUAGUCCUCUGUUUAAGUCCAAGUACAAUUGUUUUUAAAUCUGAACAUUUAUUGCAACAACUAUUAAGUAUAUCUUUUGAAAAACAACACAUAGAAUGUGAAGAAACGCAUUUGUUAACAACCUUAAAGUUGUGUGAUAGUGUUCUUGAAGCUGUUGCAAGAAUGGGCAAGAAACUGUCUUUGCCAUUUUUAGAUGUGCCCUUAGAAAACAUAGUUGUAAGUCAAAAUGAACCUCUAAAAAAGCAUUUUCUUACUAAAACAGUAAAGAGACUCUUUGAUGGAGUCUUGGGCUAUAAUAUAUUGGAUAGAGUAUGGAGUUGUACUAAAAAAAUAACUAGCGAUUGUCUUAUAUCACUAAAUAUUCUAUGUGCUUUAGCAGAUUUCUAUCUACCUUUGCCAAAUGAGUGUGGAGUUAUUUUUCUUGAAUCUAAUAUUAUUUCUCAAAAUGAAUUUUGGGAAAUUAAUCUUCGUGGUUUAAGUUCCAAACUUUCUACACAUAGAAAACUAGCCAUUUACCUUCUUAAAAGAGCUGUAGACUGCUUAUUAGUAACUGACAAGAACAUUAAAAUUAUUUCACCAAGUGUUUCAUUAGAAUGGGUAUCUGAAAAGAAAGAACAAUUAAAAGAUGAUUGGGAAAACUUCUUUAUUUUAAUUGACAGUUUAGAAGAGAAGCAGAGUAACAUAGUGCUACCAUCACUGCACUUGUUUUCCUUAUUAAAAGGUCUUGAAAAAUGUUGGGUCAAUUGUGCUUUUAAUAUUGGUUUACAACAUGACAAUUUGGAAGUUAAAACAACAUGUAUUUUACAUAGACUAGAAAAUAGUGUUACAGAUGACUCUGAAGCAAUAAUUUUGUUGGAAUCAUUUAAUGACAUGAAUAUUUUUGACCAUGAAGAAAUUGGUGCUUCUAUUAAACAGAAGUUUGAAGGGCAGAUAAGAAAUAGUAUCUUUUUUAUAAUUGUUUUAAAAAAUAUUCCUUGUAUAAAAUGGUCGCCAAUACCACUCUACCAUUUGAGCACUAUAUUAGCAAAAAAGCAAGAUGUGCAAAUGCAAAUAGAUAGCAGUGAGUUUUAUAAAUUUAUGUAUGAUUUAUUAAAAGUGCCCUGCAAUAAUGUGGUAAUAAGAAACGCAUUCUAUAAAAAUUUAUCUUCUUUUGUUGGAAAUUGCUGUAAAGAUCUACAUUGGAAAAAUAUUUUACAUCUAUUCAAUCUUAUUAAUCCAUAUCUAUGUAAUUUUGAAAACUGCGGGGACAUAUUAGACAUUAGAAAAGAUGGACUUAGAUUUAAUAAACAAGAUAAUGCUCUAUACAGUCUCAUCAAAGAUAAAUUAAGCAUUACAGAUUUGAACAUAUUUUUUAAAGAAUUAAAACAAUCAUAUUUUAACAUAGAUUUUAUUCUUUUAUAUUUAAUAGGACAUGUAGCAGAUUUAAAUAAGUUUUUAAAAAUCUCUAAUGAAAUGCUUUUGAAUAUUAAAAAUGGUCACCAUAAGUCUGAAUGCAUAGGAGAUGCAAUAUUUUUGAUGGUUUUGUUGAGAAAAGUGAAUGAAGGUUCAUUUUCUAUUCCACGUAUUAAAAGCCUUCUCAUUGAUAAUAGUGAAAUGCUUAUUGAGUUUGUUAAUGUUUCUCUAAGUGAAACAAAUAACGAGCCUGAAGAUAUUUUGUUGAUGCUGGAUAAUUAUCAAGACUUAUACAAUUUACACUGCCAACAAGCACACAACAAUAUAUAUGAAAACGCAAUUACAAUACUUAAAGAUGGUACUGAUAUUAGAAGAAAUAUUACAAGUGUCUAUUUACUAAAUAUAAUAUUUCAGUCAAGUCAAAAACAUGAAUUACAAAUUUCUGCAUCUGAUACGAUAAGAAUUUUAACUAAUGUUAAUAAGUUGAACACUAAUGUGGGAAAUGGGAAAUUAAGAAAUCUUUAUAAUUCUAAAGCAACUGAAUUCAUAUAUGUUAUGGCCAAGUAUUAUACAAUAGAAAAUGUUACUGAUAUUAUUGAUUUUAUGAAUAAUGCUUUAGAAUCUGGUGAUUGUGACUCUAUUAGAUGGAUAUUAAAUAUAAUAAAUCUAAAAAUUGAGGAAAUAUUAGAGUGCAAACACUUUAAACUUUCACAAUUUUUAAGAAAACUAUGGAAUGAAAUUGAAGCAAUAAAAACAAAUAAGGAAUAUUCCAAUUGUAUUGAAGGUUUUGUUCAGUUAAUAACAAAUGAGGCACUGCUUAAGCAACCAGCAUAUAAUAACGAAGUAAUUGCGUAUUGUAAUAAAAUUAUUGAAUAUGCAAUGGUCAAAAAUAUGCCUUUAUAUUAUUUGGUAGAAGCACUUGAGAAGGAUUAUGUGUUGACAUAUGGUCACAUGGUUUAUAUAUUUGGUGAUAUAUUGCUAGCUGUUGCAGUUCCUAGAAGAGAUAUUAGAAUUACAGAUAACCUCCUAGUUGAAAUUUCAAAGGAAUAUAACUUAAGACCAAAAGAUGGCGUGUUCACAACAUUUCAUAUUGAAUACAAAACCCUUGAGGUGCUGGGAAAAAUACAAAAUAAGGAAACUUUAAACAUAAUUUCGCGUAUUAUUAUGAAAAAAAUUGACGAACUUUUUAAACAUAAACAGAGAUAUCAUAGAAAUUCAACUUUACAUAGAAUAUUGCACGCGGGUUUACAACAUUUACUAUUUAUUCUUAGGAAUAAUAAGGAUAUAGAUAUUUUUCAAUGGUGUGUUGAGUUCUUGGGCCGAAUACCUCAUCAAGCUUCAACACGUUUGUACUUAGAGUGGUGUAUAGCUCUUGGUAUUUUUUAUAAGGAAAUCAACGUAGCGAACACUAUACAACUUUUACAAACAAAUUCAGUACCCAUAACAUCACAAUUUAUGAUUCUGUACUGGUAUAUAAAGACAUCAAACAGCAACGAGGAACUUAAAUUAGUACUAGAUUAUCUAUUAGAAAAUACUAUGGGACCAACAUACAGCAUACGUUUGCACGCCCAAUACCUUUUAUCGAAAAUAGAUCUUAAAUCAUUCAAAAUCGCAGGCUACGAACAAGCCAUAAUUGUAGUAAACAAGACGUUGACUGAAGCGGCGAAGUUAAAAGAAAAGAGCCUGGAAAGACUAACGCACGAUUACUUUGUCCACGAAUUCGAUAUAAUUAAAGAUUUGACACCCUGUGCAAUCUACUAUAGCGCUCAUAAUGAAAGAGUGAACGAAAAGAUUGAUGAAAAUUACGCAGCGCCGGUUUUGGGUGUGAGUGAACUAAAAAAGUUCAAUACAAUCACGACGGAGGUGAAGGACGUAGAAAUGAAUGCAACGAGUCUAAUCCAAAAGAAAUAUAUACCGUGGAAAAAUAUGUGUGAUGUUGGUGUUGAUGUGGAUACUCCGAUAAACAAAACUGAGUUGAUAGUAGUGGCAUCAUUGAUUGAUAAGUUGCCAAAUUUGGGCGGUAUGGCGCGAACGAGCGAAAUCUUCGCCGUGAACACGUACGUCAUUGACAGCCUGAGACAUUUACAGGACAAACAGUUUCAGGGACUCAGCGUAUCAGCUGAGAGAUGGGUCAACGUGAUAGAAGUGAGACCUGGGCAGCCUCUAAAAGAUUAUCUGGCGUUGAAAAAGUCCGAAGGAUACGCAAUAGUCGCCGCAGAACAAACAUCCAAUAGCACAAGCCUGCAGGGAUUCAAGUUUCCCAAGAAAACUUUACUUUUAUUGGGUAACGAAAAGUCAGGUAUACCAUGUGACUUAUUACCUCAUAUGGAUAUAUGUGUAGAAGUACCUCAGCGCGGCGUUCUACGGUCACUCAAUGUGCAUGUCACCGCUGCUAUAUUUAUUUGGGAAUAUACAAGACAGCAUAUGUAA